AUGAUCAAAAAUCUUUUAUGCGAAAGGCACCUUCGAUGUCUCUCUCAAUUACUCUCAUUUUCUUUCUACGGUAACUCCGCAACAAAAACCAUAACGUAACGCAUGCCAUAUAUUUUAUUAAUAUAAAUUAAAAACAUUUUCUAAUCAUAAAAAAAAAAAAUUCAUAUUCAUAUAGAAACCGUCAUCACCAAACCUCUCUUCAAUUUCAGAUCUGAAUAAAAAUCUUCACAAAUUCAAAUGCUUCACUGGGUUUUCAUCUCUCACAAAACCCCAUUACCAAUUUGAACAUGUCUGGAGCCAUAGACAUGGACCACGUGGGUUUUUCCAAACCCAAAUCAUCAUCACCGGCGACUUCUCCGACCACCGAUCAUGGUCGUAGUAACAAAACCGGUUCUAUUUCAAUGGAUCAUGUUCUUUUGGCUUUGCGUGAGACUAAGGAAGAAAGGGAUCUUCGUAUUCGGAGUUUGUUUAAUUUCUUUGAUUCUACCAAUAAAGGGUAUUUGGAUUAUACUCACAUUGAAGCAGGUUUAUCUGCACUUCAGAUACCACCUGAAUAUAAAUAUGCUAAAGAACUUUUUAAGGUUUGUGAUGCUGAUAGAGAUGGAAGAAUUGAUUAUCAAGAUUUUAGACGUUAUAUGGAUGAUAAAGAACUUGAACUUUAUAGAAUUUUUCAAGCUAUUGAUGUUGCACAUAAUGGUUGUAUUUUACCUGAAGAACUCUGGGAUGCACUUGUCAAGGCUGGGAUUGAAAUUGAUGAGGUAGAACUUGCGCGCUUUGUUGAGCAUGUUGAUAAGGAUAAUAAUGGAAUUAUCACUUUUGAAGAAUGGAGAGAUUUUCUUCUACUUUAUCCUCAUGAAGCAACCCUUGAAAAUAUAUAUCAACAUUGGGAGAGGAUGUGCCUUGUAGACAUUGGGGAACAAGCUGUGAUUCCCGAAGGCAUCAGCAAACACGUGCACAGGAGCCGGUAUUUUAUUGCAGGCGGAAUAGCAGGAGCUGCUUCUCGCACAGCAACCGCUCCUCUUGAUCGUCUAAAGGUGGUCUUACAAAUUCAGACUGGAAAGGCGUCGAUUAUGCCAGCAGUGAUGAAGAUAUGGCAACGAGAUGGUUUAUUAGGGUUUUUCCGAGGUAAUGGAUUGAACGUUGUGAAGGUUGCACCGGAGAGUGCCAUCAAGUUUUAUGCUUAUGAAAUGCUGAAAAAUGUAAUUGGAGAUAGUCAAGGAAACAAGACAGAUAUUGGUACCGCUGGAAGACUCUUUGCAGGUGGCAUGGCUGGUGCCAUUGCGCAGAUUGCUAUCUAUCCAUUAGAUCUUAUCAAAACUAGGUUGCAGACUUGUGCUUCUGAAGGUGGAAAGGGUCCUAAGCUUGGAACACUUACAAAAGAUAUAUGGGUCCAAGAGGGACCCCGCGCUUUCUAUAGAGGGCUUGUUCCAUCUCUUCUUGGUAUGAUUCCUUAUGCGGGCAUUGAUCUCACUGCUUAUGACACCUUGAAAGAUUUAUCCAAGAAAUAUAUUGUUUAUGACAGUGAACCUGGUCCUCUAGUACAACUCGGAUGUGGGACGGUUUCAGGAGCUCUCGGAGCUACAUGUGUCUACCCACUGCAGGUUAUCCGUACAAGGCUGCAGGCACAACCUACCAACACUUCUUGUGCUUACAGGGGAAUGUCUGAUGUUUUUUGGAAAACCCUUAAAGAUGAAGGCUUUCGAGGGUUCUACAAGGGACUCAUUCCGAAUCUCCUUAAAGUUGUGCCAGCUGCAAGCAUUACUUAUAUGGUUUAUGAAAAUAUGAAGAAGAGUUUAGAUCUUGAUUAGAGUUGUUACAGUUAUUGUCCAGAGCUAAUUUCAAAUGUUAUAUAGGAUGUCUUGAAUUGUUGAUGGUGACGAAAAAAGAGAUAUUAACUAGUCCUGUAGGCACUAUUACAAGUAGUGAUUCUUCAAGGAGGGUGUUAAAACAUAAUUUGUAGUCAGAAAGUUUUUCCCCAUGCUUAUCUGAACUAAAUGGUUGAGAAAUUAGGACUGUAAUUCUAUAUAUACCAAGUUAUACCAACUUAUUAGGUGUUAUUCAUUUUGUAUUGUACUUGCCCACUAUUAAUUUCUUAUAGUAUAUAGUACAAAGUCAAUAUACCAUUAACUAUACAGGUUGGCGCAUGGCUUUGUAAUGGUGGGAUAUAAUUGAUGGAUGGCAUUCUUAUGAGGUUAGGUUUAUGAAACAACAAUAAGUUCAGUCUUUUCUUGUUACAAGUUGACCUGUAUGUGACGUUUUCUGUUGAUUGUACUGUCGAACUCUAAAUGCAUGUUGAAGGAACAUUUGCUGAAAACAAAGUGAGAUUAUUGUCAUGUUUGGGAUCAAAACAAAAAAAAUUGCUUAGACCUUAGACCUCUGACCGCGUGCUUGGAAAUAUGGUAAAUACUAGAUAGCCAACGUAUGAAUCACAUUUGACAGUGAAGCUCCAAGUUUGGAAGUUUCACUGUAGUUCCAAACACUCGCUGAACUUGAAAUUUUUGUCAAGGGAAUAAAAAACUAGAAGUCACUCUUAGUGGUUUUUGUUUGCUCUACCAUUGCACAGGUGAAAAAUAUAUCUCUUGGUUGUUUAGCCAUGUGGAUGUGGAUUUCAUGAGUCGCAACAUUUUCACACCUGCGAGUUAUAUCACCAUCUCGUGUGGUGUUUGGGCAGAAAAAU